AUGUCUUCCCCUUACUUUAUGAACAGUAAUUCUGUUAUAACGCGGAAUAAGGUCCAAAAGACUGACUGCACACAUGCGACCUCUCUCCGCUUUGGACUCACCAAAAGACGGAGGAAAAUUGAUCCAGUUUCUUCUGUUGCAGUGAAGGUGGAGGAAGAGGAGGCGGGGAUCUCUGUGCAGGGACCCUUCUCAGCUCCCAUAUCGAAUGGUAAAGUUAGGCUAGGGUUAGGUUAGGUAAAUACUUGGGCAGAGACACUUGAUAUAGACUAAAUUUAUAAUUAUUCUCUCCAACUUGUAGCCAUGUGUUUGUUUGCUAGUACUGGAAUCGACCACUUUUUGGACUCUUGCAUUUGUGAGGUAGACUUCACAUCUGCAGCCUUUAGAGAAGAUAAGGUGAGUCUACACCUGCCUCCUCCAGAGCUGCUGCAGGCUCGAGGUAUAACCUGAUUCAACGUUUAGGACGACAUGCAGGCUUAAAGUGCCCUAUAGGUGUCGCCAGUCUAACAGCAGUAGAAAAUAGUUUCUUUAAGUCACUGAUCCUUCAGCUGACAUGUUUGGAAACAACCUAAUGUGUGAACACCCUUUGGACUUACUAGAAAGCAGCAGAAUAUCUGAGCCCUAUUAUCCAAGAAGUGGCUGACUCAAGUCAAGCCUUGAAGGGAUAUUCCGGCGUAAAUUUAAUUUUGGGUCAAACACACACCAAGUUAGACACCCCCUGACACCCCCCUGCCUAAUUUCUUUAGCAAAGAGAUGAAACACAACUCACCUACUCUUUUCCAGCAGCCGCUUGUUUGUAGCAAGACCUCGAGCCAGCCCAUUACAGACUGUAGCGGGUGACGCAGCUCAAGGAAGAACAUUUAUGAUCAUUUCCUUAAAGUAAUAAUCACCAUAUUGAUAAUUUUGCACUGCAGACACGGUAGUUCUUCUGCAUUAGCGUCUGGGUCUGAUGGCAUUUCCAUGAAGAAAUGAUCAUAAAUGUUCUUCCUUGAGCUGCGUCACCCCACAGCAGGCCAUAAUGGAUUGGCCUGAGGUCACUACAAACAAGCGGCUGCUGGAAGAGAGUAGGUGAGUUGUGUUUAGUUUCUUUGCAAAGAAAUCAGGCAAAGUUAAAAAGAUGUUUGGUGGCUAGUGCUAUGGCUUGGACCCUAUAUGUACUGUUGAUGAAGUUAGGUGCUGUUCUGAGCAUUAUUUGUGGCUAUAGAGUGGCAUUUUGGUUGAGGUUUGUUUGUGGCUCCUCAGACCACUGUGUAUUGCUAUUGUGCGGUCGUUACUAAAGUUGGUAUAACUAAUAUGGAAUAUUAUUAUUAUUAUAACUAAUACAGAAUAUGCCUUAAAAGGGUUUAUCUUCUCCUUUGUGUAUUUGCUAACCCCCUCGUCUUGCCACGUUGGAUCAGAUAGUUUUUAUUCUCUCCCCUCUGUCCAUUUUUAGGUGAUUGCCCUGAACACCUCUUUCAAGACGCACCUCCUCCAAAAUCAGAGACAGACAUAGCACCACUGUCUUCACACAGCCGCAGGAGGAGACAGCUAAAGGUGGAAUAUGACAAAGAUGAAAGUGUUAAACCAGUGAAGACAGAGCUCUGGGAACCUCCAGACUGGAAGAAACAGCUCGGGUUCAUUCGUGAGAUGAGGAGUGGCCGAGAUGCACCUGUAGAUAACAUGGGAGCAGAGAAAUGCUAUGACACAGAGGCUCCUACACAUGUGGGUUUGCUUUGGAUUUCUUUUUUAAGUCUACAUAAUCCAUUAGGUCUUAUUCAAUCUUCUUCUUCAUGUGGGCACAGGUGAGGCGUUACCAGGUGUUGGUUUCUCUCAUGCUGUCCAGUCAGACCAAAGACCAGGUGACAGCGGCAGCCAUGCAGAAGCUCCGAGCUCAUGGCUGCACAGUAGAAAAUAUACUUGCGACUGAUGAUGAAACAUUAGGAAAACUCAUCUACCCAGUUGGCUUCUGGAGGGUAAAAAUGAGUUUUAUAGCAUGAUCAAGAGUAGCGCAUCUAUCUUCUCACUGUGUUCUUCCAUCAGUCUCAUACCCUGCUCUCAUAUUUUGCUGUUUUAUAGACCAAAGUGAAAUAUCUGAAGCUAACAUCAGCCAUGCUUCAGAAAGACUUUGGAGGGGACAUCCCUGACAGUGUGGAGGGGCUUGUCCGCCUGCCAGGAGUUGGACCCAAGAUGGCUCACUUGGCCAUGGACAUUGCCUGGGACAAGGUGUCUGGUAUAGGUGGGUGCACAAUCCUAAAAAUAGUUCCUGUAUAAUUACACAAGAAUUCUCUUAUAUUCACUUCAAUGGAAAGUGAAAAGCUGUCUAUCAUUUUCAUCUUGCCAGUUCAAGUCAUGAUGUUUAUAUUCUCAUAACAUCUCGCUGUAGUUUAAAUGUCACAGAGCCACACUGAGAUAACAUCAUCCUACCACUGUGGCUGUCACUGAAAGUAGUAACAGGCAUAACAGGAGAGGCAGGAUCACUGUCAACUCCUUUCAACAUUAGAUAUCAGCAGAGACAUUCCUAGCAGGCAAAAUUAUAUGACUUUAGAGAGGGCUGCAUGCCAUACAAGCUGACUUUCUGCAACAGUUACUGUUUUCCAACAAUGCCGGGUGUGUGAUCAUGCAUGUACUCAUCAAUUAAUUGAUUGCUUUUUUUUAUUUUUGUUAAGGUGUGGACACACACGUGCAUCGUAUCUCCAACAGGCUGGGCUGGCUCAGGAAACCAACCAAAAACCCUGAGGAAACACGCAAGGCCCUGGAGGAGUGGUUACCAAGGUAACAGCAUGAUUAAUUUACAGCUGACCUGUACAGCCAGAUUAGCACAGAUCGGCAAAUCUAUAAAGAUUACAGUCACUAAGACUGACCCAGAUAAAUACAGCUGAUCAUCUACCUCUGGCCAUUUGGUUUUAAAAUGGUAAGAAAUGACAGAUUUUUUUUUUUUGCAAAACCAUUUCUUGUUACUUGUCACCAUCCCUGCCUGCAGUGAUUUUAACCCUGAAACAUGAAAAAGAAUAUCUGGUUGUUAAAAAAAUGAGUGGGUAUGUACUACACCACUGGUUUUGGAUUGUUCUCACUAUUCGAAUCAACCUCAUUUGCAGCAUAAAUAAUCAGAUAAGAACUCUGUUUAACGCCUGAUAGCGAUCAAAGAUGGUUCUGAGCUAUGAAACAGAUAAGAGCCAAAGAGUCAGAUAUUCCCUGUGGAAGAUGGUAAAGCAAAAAGAAGAGUCAAUCAUAUAACUACAUAAAAUUCAUCAGAUGAGCAUAGACAUAGCUGAGUGCUUAAGACCUGGUUUUAUGUUGGAUUCAUGUUCACAGCUUAGCAAAAAACUAAAUCCUGUUGAUGCAGGUUACGAAAUGCUUUAGAUGCUCUUCUCUGUUGCAGGGAGCUCUGGAGUGAAAUCAACUGGCUGCUUGUGGGUUUUGGGCAGCAAAUUUGUCAACCUGUCAACCCGCUCUGCUCGAUGUGUCUGAACCAGCACAGCUGUCCAUCUGCAUUCAAAAACUCUCCUACAAAGCGGCCUAAAGCUGAAUUCCCCGGGUCUCCAAGUCCAACCUCCUCCUUUAAAACAAAAACUGAACAUAAACAAGAAUCUACUGUCACAGAUGAGAGUACAAAGACUGAACCUCUCUUCACACCUGUUUCCCCCAACACUCAGAAAAGGAAAGCAAAAAGAAAGCUGAAGCACUAA